CAUGACGCACAGAGGAAAAGGCGGCUGGCGGGAGUGUCCAAAAAAAAGAUUGUUUUGAAAUUUCGACUGGCCUUUUCUUCUCCGUUUGGAACCAGCAUGUGCGAAAAAAGCAAAGAGGUGAGUGAGUGGCUGAAAGUGGUGCUUGGAGAAGAACAGGUGCCCUGGUUUGAAGUGAACAAGAGCACUCUUGACAUUCUGCACAAGCUGUCAAAGAACAGCGAGCAGCGAUGCAAGGAGACAGAACUCCUGGUGGAGGACUUCAAGCAGAAGACAGAAGAAUAUAAAGUUGAAGGAGUCUACCAUCAAGACCUGCUUGACUUCGUUCUGGGUGAACGUGCAUCCUCUGACCUGCAGGAGGAGCCCCUGGGUUCCUGUCUGAAGGCUUUAGUGCACAUCGUAGAAGAAUUCAAACUCAAGGACACCAACGUGGGCAGCCUGAUGUCAUGUGUCUACAACCAAACUGCACGACUUCAUGAGGAGGACGAGAGGAACCGGAGGCUGCAGAAUAAACUCAGCAGUCUGGAGAGGAGGAAGGCAGACAUACACACCUCCCAGAAGAGCUUAGUCAAAACCAUCUCAGAGACGCAGGCGUGUCAGGACGUGGAGACUGUGGAGACGGACGAGAAGCUGCUGAAUAUGGACUUCCUGGACAGGAAGCACCAGGAGCUGACGCUCAGGAUCAAGAACGCUCAGGACCAGUUGGUGUCCAGAGAUGUCAGUUCAUCACUCACCCAUCACUCCAUCAAGGAGAUGUCAGAGCAACUGACGGUGCUGAAGCAAGAGAUGGAGCCUUUUAAGAGGAAACUGCAGGCCUUCCACGGCCUCCCCCCUAGCAUUCCCCUGGCUCGACUGGCUGUAGCAGAAUGCAAGAGCGAACUGGAAUCUCUUGAUGCCAUUCUGGAUGAAAAGAUUGACUGGAGGCACACAUGAACCAUCUGGGACGAAAUCCAUCAAUUUUACAUCCAUCAUUUCUUUCUUUGUCUCCCAUUUUCUAACACCACCUAUCUGUUUGUAAAUAAGUUAAUAAAGUAUUAAUAAAGUAUCUUCAACAUUUA